CAAGUUUCCUCUGACGGAGUGUUGAUGUGCUGCUCAGCGUUUAAUGGCCGAAAAACCUGAUUAAAAUAGGGUGUUUACUUCACGUGGGAGAGCACCCGAGACCCAGGCCAGGACCAAGAUGGCUUCCCCGGUGCUCAGGCUGGGCAUAAAUGGGAUAAGGGUGCUUGCAGGGGGUAUAGGGGUGAGGGGGGGACUGAGGGGCAAUACAAGCAUAUCCCCGGCCCUUCUUACCGCCCCCCACAAGCCCCUCCAGCAGCCCCCCCUCGCAGCACCUCUCCACACCAGUUCCGUGAGUCUGAAGGAGGAGGAGAAGGAGCGCGGCCCUCGAUGGUUUAAGAAGUACAAUGAUGUCCGCUAUCCACCCACGCCCAUCGGGGAGAAGGAACGCCAUGCAUUUGUGUGCCACGUGAAGGAGAACAUCAAGUACAGCCCGGACAAAAUGUGGUAUGUGGCUUGUCUGGUGCGGGGGCUGCGCAUUGACGAGGCCAUCGCCCAGCUCAAGUUUGUCCAUAAAAAGGGCGCUGGUUUCGCCAUCGAGGCCCUGGAGGAGGCACGCAGGAUGGCCGUUGAGGAGCAUGGGGUGGAGUUUCCCAGUAAUUUGUGGGUCGCCGAGUCGUUCGUGAGCAAGGGCAUCGUGUACCGAGGGUUCCGCCGCCACGCCCGCCGGAGGUUCGGGCGCGUGGAAUACAAGCACUGCCAUUACUUUGUCACGCUGGAGGAGGGGGACCCACCAGCCCACUACUACCCCCACCACCGCCCCCUCACGCCCCAGGAGCACAUCGAGAGAUACGUCGAAAACCUGAGGAAGAGGAACGUGCCCAAAGCUCUGUAAUGGGGGGUAUGGGAUAAGGGGGGAGGGGGUGGGGGGAUAGUGUGUGUGUUUGUGUGGGUGAGGAAGUGAUGUAUGUGUGUGUGUGUGUAUGGAGAGGAAAAGAAAGGGAUGAGAAAUGGAAGGGGAAGAAGGGGAGUGAGAAGAAAAAGGAAAGAUGGAAUGAAAGGAAGGGAAGAGAAGGGAAGGAAGGAAGGAAGGUGUGUGUGUGUGUGUGUUAUUCACCACGGCCUGAUCAUGUGUUGGACUUGUAAUCGUGUGUGUGUGUGUGUGUGUGUGUGUAAAAAUCAUUGUGUACAGAUCAUUAUCAUUUUGUAAGUAGCAAUGAAAUAAUAAAUGAAUUCCAACUC